GCCACUAGAUGGCGCUGUACUCUUCUAAACUCAGGUUGAGAUGAAGAGAAGCAGAGGUGAAAUCGUGUGAGAAGAGAGAGCUGUCAUGAAGUGCAUCAGCUGGGACGUUUAAAGGGACUGGAGUGCGUGCCCACGAUCACAGUUUACUGAGGUAAAGCCUCUGGGAGGCAGGAGGGACGGGUCAGCAUGGCAGGUGCCGGGGCAAACGCCUCUGCUAACCCUGCCUGUAAAAUCAUGACUUUCAGACCCACCAUGGAGGAGUUUAAAGACUUCAACCAGUACUUGGUGUAUAUGGAGUCUCAGGGAGCUCAUCGUGCCGGCCUAGCUAAGGUUAUUCCACCUAAGGGUUGGAAGCCACGCCAAAAUUACGACGAUAUUGAUGAUUUUGUAAUCCAAGCCCCUAUACAGCAGAUGGUGGCUGGCCAAUCAGGACUCUUUACUCAGUACAACAUCCAGAAGAAGCCUCUAACUGUGCAGGAGUUUCGGAGACUGGCCAACAGUGACAUGUACUGCACACCUCGAUACCUGAACUAUGAAGACCUGGAGAGGAAGUACUGGAAGAAUCUGACGUUUGUCUCUCCCAUCUAUGGUGCUGAUGUGAGCGGCACCUUCUACGAUGAGGGCAUUGAUGAGUGGAAUAUUGGGCACUUGAACUCAAUCUUGGAUGUGAUAGAGGAAGACUGCGGUGUGUCGAUUCAGGGAGUAAACACACCAUAUCUGUACUUUGGCAUGUGGAAGACCAGCUUUUCUUGGCACACAGAAGACAUGGACCUCUACAGCAUCAACUACCUGCACUUCGGCGAGCCCAAAUCCUGGUAUGCCAUCCCUCCAGAGCAUGGGAAGAGAUUAGAGCGUCUCGCUAUAGGUUUCUUUCCGAACAGCUAUAAAAGCUGUGAGGCAUUCCUGCGGCACAAGAUGACUGUAAUAUCCCCUUCUGUACUAAAGAAAUACAGCAUACCAUUUGAUAAGAUUACACAGGAGGCGGGGGAGUUUAUGAUCACAUUUCCCUAUGGUUACCAUGCUGGAUUCAACCAUGGCUUCAACUGUGCUGAAUCCACCAACUUUGCCAGCAUCCGGUGGAUUGAUUAUGGCAAAGUUGCAACUCAGUGUACGUGCAGUAAGGACAUGGUGAAGAUCUCAAUGGACCCGUUUGUCAGACGAUUCCAGCCAGAGCGCUACCAGGCUUGGACACAAGGUAAAGACACAUGCGCAUUGGAUCACACCCUAGCCACGCCUAGCACCACACCUGAGCUGCAGAGCUGGCUUCAGAGACGUCGGAGGAAAACACCCACCACCAAAAGUGUCCAUUACCCACGUGCAUGCUCCAAACAAUCGAAAACCGUGGAUACCACAUCAGUGAGAAGGGGUGCUCGAAGGAGUAGAGGGGCAACUUUAUCAUCAAAUAACAAGGAAGAGGAAAGCCUAGUGGAACACAAGAAAGAACAACAGCAUUCAAAUGAAAUGAAAGGGCUUGCUGGCUCAUGCCGACAAAUGUGCGUGGUUAAAGUGACAAGGGUACAAAGUGACUUGCUGGCCCAGUCCUCCAGACAACUCAGAGGCUCAUCCCCAGAGAGACCCUUGACCCCUCCCCUCACGACUACAUCCUGCCAGAGAGACCCUGAUCUCGGUCGUACAAAUGCUCAGGAGUGUUUAAUGUUAGAUGAAGAUCAGGUGUCCAAUGUGCAGCCUGGACCUGAACCUGAAUCUUUAGAGAGUGACAUGACUGUAGGUGUGACUCCUAAUUCACAAAGAACUGCUGAAAGUUCAAAUCAGAUGGUAAACUCGAACUGUGAAUCUGCCUCUACACCUACUCCGCUGAUCUCUUUACCAUCCCUCGAAUUCAGAGGUACUGCAGCUCUAUUUUUGGAAAGUGGAUCCCAGCAAGCUAAAAUUGAAACGGACCACACAACUGCCGAUAUCUUGACUGAGAGCGGUAUCGACUGUGGCGCAUCAGCACUUUACACUGAACAAAGCUCAAUCCAUUUAGCCUCAGACUCCUCAGAACGCAAGACAAACUCUGGAAUCCAACAUGCUGCUUUAUUUUCGGAAAUGCCUCUAUUGACGCCCGAGCUAACGGAAGAUGAGAGAUUGAAUCCUCAAUUUCUCGCACCAGAAAUGCCCUCUCUUACUCUGGCUGUCCAAACUGACUCCAAAAAACUCCUACGUGAUGAUCCGAACACUAGUGCAGCACCUGCUCUCCAUCUGGAAAACCCAAACUUACCUCCUGUUUUAACAGAUGACAUGGCAACUUGUUCUCAAAGCGCCUGUCCUCCUUGGUCUUUCACUACAACCCAAAAAGAUCUCAGCCAAUCACAUAACUCAGACACUUGUAUAGCAGAACUAGCAUCUUCCACCUCAACGCAAUGGGAACCCCCAGAAAAAAAGUUCAGACAGGAAGGACAUAAAUAUACACUACCAUUCGCAAACCAGACAACUCAACACAAGGACACACACACUUCCACAGUUCCACUGUCCGCUGAACAAAUCCCUACUAACAGUCUUAAGCAAUGUUCUGCAGUAGCAAACAUGGCCUCUGAAAUUUUUGACAGCUCAUGUCCUCUUGAUGUUUCAUCAGAUAACAAACAAACUACUGUGUGUGUUGAAGAACAGUCCAGCACUCUCACUGCAUCCGCGAGCACAUUUGUAGAUUCCAAACCUUUCACUUCAACCAUUUGGAAAAACCUCAGCUCCCAGAAUCCCGCAGUGCUCAUUGAAAGUUUGGAGCCUGAGCUGGCGGUGGGUAUUUCCAAAGGUGCGAGCAGUCUCACAGACUACGCCCAUGACUCACUUCCCUACACUAUGUGGUCUGAAUCGGGCUGCCAACCAGACAAGUUCCAUGAUUCUCCAAACUCUUCGCCUUGCACACAGGCCUGGGGCAACUUGGAACGCAGCUCCAUGCAGUGCUCUGGGUCAGAGAUGACACCAAACCUUCCUCCAGAUUUACAGCUCCAGAAGAUAGAUGUGGAAGCAGCUGAAACCUGUGUUCUUGGAGAGCAGACAGGCUCUCAGCAACUUCAGCCAGGGGACAUCAAAAGUCAAGAGUAUUACGAAGGUGCCAAGUCGGAAAACGAUGGGUCCGCAAGCGAAUCGGAUUCCUGUGAAUCAGGAGAUAAGUGUGCUGACAGCAGCAGCGAAUCCAGUGAUGAGAACGCUGUGAGCGACCCUGAAUGUGGGGAAGCAGGUCUGGAGCCAGGGGAAGUGUGCACAUAUCACGUACAAACUGUUAAGAAGACCACCAAGAGUUGGCGUCACCCCCUGAGAAAGCCAACAGCCAGAGCUGUACCUAGUGCUGUAAAACAACAGACUGCCAGUGAUGAUGAGACCAUAGAGGAGUGUGAAUCUAAAGAAGAGGAACCAGAGACUGAGGAAUGGGCAAAACCUUUUGUUAAUUUGUGGCAGCACAGGAAAGUCCAUUUCCAAUAUGAAAGAGAGCACAACAUGACUGCAGCUAAAACCGCUCCGCACUGUGCUGUUUGCACCCUCUUCAUGCCUUACUGUCAGGGUGAAAAUAUGGAUGAAAGAAAGCAUGAAGUAUUAAUGAGUGCUGAUACAGAGUCACAGGAGUCCCCGGAGCCACUGGAGGCAGGGUCAAGAUCACGACCCCUCAUCCCUGAAAUCUGUUUCGCAUAUGAGGAGGGUCCUUGCCCAUUAAACACACUCUUGGAGGAGGAUGGAUCCAGUCCUCUUGUGGCCUGCAACAAUUGCUGUGUUCAAGUUCAUGCCAGUUGUUACGGUGUUGCAGCUCAUGAUAUCGGCACAGUGUGGACAUGUGACCGAUGUGAAAGCGGAGACCUGACAGCUGGAUGCUGUUUGUGUAACCUAAGAGGAGGUGCUUUAAAAAGAACUUCAGACAACAGAUGGGCCCAUGUGAUGUGCGCUGUGGGUCUCCCUGAGGUGAAGUUCAUUGACGUGGUGAAGAGAGCUCCUAUUGACGUCAGUGCCAUACCUGUACAGAGAUAUAAACUGAAGUGUAUAUAUUGUCGUAACAGGAUAAAAAAGCUGUCUGGGGCGUGUAUUCAGUGCUCAUGUGGACGUUGUCCCACAUCUUUCCAUGUCACCUGUGCUCAUGCUGCCGGAGUGCCCAUGGAGCCUGAUGAUUGGCCGUAUGUGGUUUUUAUCACCUGUCACAGACACCAAUCACGGAGCUCAAGUGCUAUCUUAUAUGGGGAUCAUCAUGGCAAAGCUCCAAAAGCACAUACAUCCAUCAUUAAAGUAAUCCAAAUGACACCGAAAGUGAAAGUGAGCAGGAGUGAAUUGACAGUGGGGCAGACGGUGAUCAGCAAGCACAAGAACCUGCGUUACUAUAGCUCCCGUGUUACACAAGCAACCGCCCAAACAUUUUAUGAAGUUAUGUUCGACGAUGGUUCAUUCAGCAAUGAUACAUUCCCUGAAGACAUUGUGAGCAGAGAUUGUGCCCAGCUUGGGCCUCCUGAGGUCGGGGAGGCUGUGCAGGUGAAAUGGCCCGAUGGACUUUAUUAUGGAGCCAAAUACCUUGGCUCCAACACUACAUAUAUGUACCAGGUGGAAUUUGAAGAUGGAUCUCAAGUAUUAGCAAAGAGAGAGGACAUUUACACUUUGGAUGAAGACCUACCCAAAAAAGUCAAAGCGCGUCUGUCCACAGCUUCAAGCAUGCGUUUCCAGGAUGCCUUCUUCACAACACAAGCUGAACGAAAAAGGCGACGCACACCAAAUUCCCGGUUCCAGACAGAUUACAUCGCUCAUAUUAGCCCUCGAACCUUCGCAAGGGCCUUGGAAACACAUAGCAGCAAAUACAACUGACUGUUUGCAAUUUCGUCAUUCAAGAUUGUGUAUCAGUGAGCCCAUGAUUUUUAAACGUUGCAGAAAUACUGUGGUCUCAUAUGUCAGGGACAAGAAUGUUUUUCUAAAUUAGAAGUUUCUCCUGUUAUAUUCCAGAGGUUUUUUUGGCCUCUACUGGUAUUCUGUAGCAUUGUAAUCUCAUAAUUGUCCCCAACACUGUUCAGACUAAUUUUUCCUGCAUGCUUGCUUUGUAAAUUAUUCGUCUUGUCCCAUGCACCAUUACUAGUCACUAACACUACAAGCCUUGAGCUUAACAGUAUAAAUGUCAAAGUUGCUACUGAUGUCCAGCAAAGCACAUGUCACCUUUUACUUAAAGCUUUUUUAUUUAUUUUGGGGUUUAUUCUUUCUUUUCUAAGUGGUGCUUAAAGCUGUUGAAAAAAUGAGAGAUUUAUGUUUGCUUUGUGAACUGUGUGUUGACCUCAGCUGAAUAAACACACACUCUUCAUAUGGAUUCACAAUUGGAGAAAAACUAAAGAACUGUCUUUUUCACUGUUUUUUUUUUACUGUUUUGCCAGUUUAUUUA